AUGGCCUGGAGUUGCUUUGUGGCUCUGCUUCUGAUGGUGGCGUCUCCCCUGAGACUGGGUCAGCAUCUGAACCCCAAGCCUAGUCUUGGAUACAGCUAUGACUGUGGGGUGCAGGGCAUGCAGCUGCUGGUGUUCCCCAGGUCAAACCAGACUAUCCACUUCAAGGUUCUGGACGAAUUUGGGAACCGGUUUGAGGUGAAUAACUGCUCUGUCUGCUACCACUGGGUCACCUCUGAGCCCCAAGAGCCUGCAGUACUCUCCGCUGAUUACAAAGGCUGCCAUGUGCUUGAGAAGCAGGAUGGACGGUUCCGCUUGAGGGUGUUCGUGCAAGCCAUACUACCCAGUGGCCGUGUGGAUACGGCACAAGAUGUCACUCUGAUCUGUCCCAAACCAGACACCUUGACUCCGGACCCCUACCUGGCUCCACCCAUCACCCCCAAGCCGCCCACCCCCCAGCCACCUACACCCCAGUCAUCUAUACCCCAGCCGUCCACACCCCAGCCUUCUGCCCUCCACCUCAUCUCUAACCACACCUCGGCUGCGUCUGAGCACACUCUUCUCAGUACAUUGUACCCAGAGCACAGUUUCAUCCAUUCAACUCCUGCUCCACCAGCCCCAGAAUCUGGAUCUGCUGGAGCCACCACGCCUCAUCCCCAGUGGGGCAUCUCGGGGCCCUGGGGACCUGUAGGUCUGUCACCAACCCUAGGUACCCAUCUGCCCCAGGAGCGGUGUCAGGUAGCCUCUGAGCGCAUUCCCUGUAUGGUGAAAGGUAGUUCCAAGGAAGCCUGUCAGCAGGCUGGCUGCUGCUAUGACAACACCAGAGAAGUGUCCUGUUACUAUGGCAACACAGCCACUCUCCAGUGUUUCAGAAGUGGCUCUUUCACCCUGGUCGUGUCGCAAGAAAUAGCCCGGACACACAUGGUCACACUGGACGAUGUCUACCUGGCCUAUGCCCCCAAUGGAUGCCCCCCUACCCAGAAGACAAGUGCUUUUGUGGUCUUCCAUGUCCCUUUUACCCUCUGUGGAACAGCAAUCCAGGUGGUUGGUGAACAGCUCAUCUAUGAGAACCAGCUGGUGUCUAACAUUGAUGUCCAAAAGGGGCCACAGGGUUCCAUCACUCGGGACAGUGUCUUCCGGCUUAAUGUUCGCUGUAUCUUCAAUGCUAGCGACUUCCUGCCCAUCCAGGCAUCUAUCUUCUCGCCCCCACCACCUGCCCCUGUGACCCAGUCUGGACCCCUGCGGCUGGAGCUGAGGAUUGCCAAGGAUGAGACUUUCAGCUCCUACUAUCAGGAGAGUGACUAUCCUCUCGUGAGACUGCUCCAGGAACCAGUCCAUGUAGAGGUCCGGCUCCUGCAGAGAACUGACCCCAGUCUGGUCCUGGUACUACACCAGUGCUGGGCCACUCCCACUGCCAGCGCCUUCCAGCAUCCACAAUGGCCCAUUCUGUCAGAUGGGUGUCCCUUCAAGGGUGACAACUACAGAACACAACUGAUAGCUGCAGACAGGGCAGAGCUGCCCUUCUGGUCUCACUACCAGCGCUUCACCGUUGCCACCUUCACUCUCCUGGACUCCAGCUCCCAGAAUGCCCUUACGGGACAGGUUUAUUUCUUCUGUAGUGCUUCUGCCUGCCACCCUGCAGGGCCUGAGACGUGCUCUACUACAUGUGACUCUGGGAUGGCAAGGCGUCGACGAUCCUCUGGUCACAACAGCACUAUCCGGGCCCUGGACAUUGUGAGCUCUCCAGGGGCAGUGGACUUUGAGGAUGAUGCUAAACUUGAGCCUUCAGGCUCCAGCCCCAACUCCAGCUCAAGACUCCUGCUCUGGUUGCUCCUCCUGCUACUGGCCAUCACUCUGGUCCUGGGGGCUGGUGUGUUUGUGGGUUUGAGCUGGGCAUGGGCCCAGAAGCUCCGGGAAGGCACCAGAUGUUAAAUGGGCUCAAUAAACCAUUGCCUAAAAUCUACUGAAAGCAGAUGUGGGAAAGUUAUUUAUGAAACCUGAUGUAUGUCUUUUCUGAGGGUGUGUC